AUGUGGCUUUGGUUGUGGCUUGUGCUUCACAUAUGCUUAACGCGGGCAGAUCCGCCUGAUCCCGGUUUGGAAACAUUUUUAAAGGAUGCCAAUCAGCAACUCGCUGUUAUCUAUGAUCAGGCUGUUCUGGCACAGUUGCUGCACGAACUGCGUGGCCCCAAUGACUUGGUAGCCUUAUUGGACAUUGAGGUCACCGACAAUAAGCUUGUUAAGUAUGUGAGAACCCUAUCGACUCGAAAGGCCAAGUUCCGGCGACUUGGUCUGGGCGACGACCUCCAACGAAGGCAGCUGUCAAAGCUUCCCCUGCUGGGAUAUGAGGCUCUGCCCGACCGGGACUUGAGGCGGGUCUAUGAACUGGCCUCCAACAUGAGCGACAACUACCGCAAUGUUAAGUUGUGUGCCUACAAACAGCCGGAUAAUUGCACUCUGCGGCUCAUACCAGAGGUUCAGUCGAUAGUUCAGGGGAGCCGAGAUUUGGACGAGAUCGAGUAUUACUGGUUCGAGUGGCGGCGGCGCACGGGUUUGGCCACUAGAUACCAAUUUGUCGCCUUCAUGGAUCUUUAUAAAAAGACGGCCAAGCUUAAUGGAUACCCCCGGGCCGAGGACUACUGGUUUCGAUCUCUGGAGUUGGGUGCCCAAGAAGCCAUGACCCUACUGGAUCACAUAAUGCACGGCCUGCGACCUUUGUUUCUCCAGUUUCACGCCCACGUUCGGGGCUCGCUGAGGAAGAUGCACGGCUUGGGAUUGGUGCCCAGGGACAGGCCCUUCCCACAGCACCUGGCAGAGGUCUUCAUUGGCAACGCUUUCCGACGUGUGCAGCCCGAGUGGUAUGUGGAUCUGCCCGCGCCACAGUUUGGCCUCUCAAAUAUCACCCAGGAGCUGCAUCGUCGCGGAUUGACCACGACCCAAAGGGUUUUUUGGAAUGUGGCAGAGUUUUUCAGGGGGGUUGGCCUGCCCCUGUUAGAGAGCUCCCUGUGGGAAUACGCUCAGCCAGUGUCUACCGAUGAUGACGACCGCUGCUGGCACAAAGCCUGGCGCUAUUAUGCCCUGCCCCGAACAAAUUUCACCUACUGUCCCCUCAACGAUGAGGAGCGAUUCUUCAACAUGUUCGAGGCUCAGUCGGAUUUGCACUUCUAUCGAGCUGCUUCUGCGCAGCCAACGCUGUUGCGGGAGGAGCCCUUUCCCAACUUCAGCGACGCCGUUGGCAAGUUCUUCUCCCUGGCGGCCAGUUCGCCAGGCUAUCUCCACAAGAUGGGUUUGCUGAGGGAUGGGCAGUGGAAGGGGUUGCCCGCUAGACUGAACCGCUUGUACAUCCAGGGCUUGAGGGUUGUCUUUCUACUGCCCGUCUUCUACGUCCUCGACCGAUACCGCGUGGAAGUGCUUAGCGGACAUAUCAAGGGGGACGACAACGAGGCCUAUUGGCGAUUUACGGAGCACUUUACGGGGUCGGCGGCUCCUUCGAAGAGGAGCAACCAGCAGUUUGAUGUUCCGGCUAAGCUGCUAAUGGAGGUGGACGACCAGUACGCCAGCCAAUUUCUAAGCAUCGUUCUGCAGUUCCAACUAUUCAAUCACUUUUGUACAAAAACAGGACAGUUUGAAAGGGGAAAUCCCAAAAUGCCGUUGGAUUUGUGCGAUCUGUCCGAUCAGCGUAGCAUAGGGAAGGAUCUCCAAAGGGCUCUGUCCUUGGGAUCUUCUGUCCACUACAGGAAGGUCUUGCAAGAGCUGGUAGGAGAGCCCGAGAUCAGCGUAGAUGGCUUGCUGGCCUACUUCCAGCCUCUAAACGAUUGGCUAGAAAAAGAAAACGAAAAGAACAAUCUGGAUGUAGGAUGGAAAUGAACUUGUUUCUUUAAAAAUAAUAUAUUUAUCAAAUAGAUAUAUUUUUUGUAUUAUUAUAAUCACAGAAAACUUAGCAUCCCAA